CGUGUUGUAUGUAUUGAGCAAAACAUUUAAUUCUUGUUUGCAUUUUCACAGCUGAAAGUCAUCACCAGGUGUGUGACACCGUGUCUGGAAGUUCUCAUAGUUAUGUAACUUGUCGACAUAGGGCAGAUUGAAAGGAAAAAUCGUUAGAAAAUGGGGAAGAAGCGCGAUUUUUCAGAGCGCCCGAAACCUGGACCAGGGAGGAAGGCACGAAAACAGGGUCUGCCAGGCUUGCCUCCGAGCUUGUCAGACAAAGAUGGCCAAGCGAAGAAACCUGGCAGAAGAGAGCGGAAGAGGCAGUUCAAAAGGCAGGAGAAGCUAGCACAGAAAGAAGAGAGAUUGAAAAAAAGGCAAGAAAAUCAAGUGAAGAAGAGUGAGGAGCCAGCUGAGGAUAGUGAUGAGGAAAGCGACAUGGAGGUCAGCAUGAAACCUGUUAAUAAGGUGGGGAAGAGUAAAGGGAAACCAGUUGGGAAAAGAAAACCAGAUGAGGAAACAGAAGAAACCAGUGAGGAGGAAGAAGAUGAAGACAGUGAAGAAUCAGAUGAACACAGUGGAGAGGUCCAGGGAUUCACAGAUGACAACAGGGACUGGCUGAGACCAAAACUGAAGAGGAAAUUGAUGGAGGAUGAUAGUGAUGAAGAGGAGGAAAUGGAGGGUGCUGAGGAUUCUGAUGACAGCGAUGAUUUACAAGAUGAGUUUGAUGAUGGGAAGGAUUUGGACAGUGAUGACGAUGAUGAUGAUAUUGGGGAUGAGGAGCUUUUACCCAUAGAAAAGGCAGCAAAAAAGUUAACAAAAAAAGAAGAGAGGGACAAGAAGUUAUCAGAGGCUGAACUGAAGACCAACAUUUCCCAGAUGGAGACAUACACAUUACCUAGUGGGCAGGAGAUUGAAAAAGAAACUGUUCAGGCUCCAGAUUUAACACUUCUGCAGCAAAGAAUCAAGGACAUUAUCCAGGUCUUAGGAGAUUUUACCAACAGAAGAGAGCCUGGAAAGACCAGACAGAAUUAUCUCACACAGUUAAGGAAGGAUCUCUGCAGUUACUAUGGUUACAGUGAUGUUCUGAUGGAGAAGUUGAUGGAUCUGUUCCCAUUGGAGAUAAUGGAGUUUCUGGAAGCUAACGAGGUCCAACGACCAAUCACAAUCAGAACAAACACACUCAAGACUCGAAGACGGGAUUUAGCUCAGGCUCUCAUCAACAGAGGAGUGAACUUGGAUCCGAUUGGGAAAUGGUCGAAAGUCGGUCUGGUGAUAUAUGACUCACAAGUUCCUCUGGGUGCGACCCCAGAGUACCUAGCAGGACAUUACAUGUUACAGGGAGGCUCUAGCUUUCUGCCAGUCAUGGCCCUGGCACCCCAGGAAAAUGAGCGGGUGCUCGACAUGGCCGCUGCCCCAGGAGGGAAAACUACCCAUAUAGCUGCCCUAAUGAGAAACACAGGCUGUGUCUUUGCUAACGAUGCCAACAAGGAUCGCGCUAAAGCCCUUGUGGGAAACCUUCACAGAAUGGGUGUCCUCAACACAGUUGUGUCCAACUACGACGGACGUCAAUUUGUAAAGGUAAUCCACGGCUUUGACCGCGUGUUAUUGGACGCUCCAUGUAGUGGCACUGGCGUGCUGUCUAAGGACCCAGAGGCAAAGACCAAUAAGGAUGACAAAGAUUUUCAGCGCUGCGCUCACAUACAGAAGCAGUUGUUGUUGUCGGCCAUUGAUUGCUGCGAUGCCAAAUCUGCCACAGGGGGAUACAUUGUCUACUCCACCUGCUCGGUCACGGUGGAAGAAAAUGAAGCCGUGAUUGAGUAUGCCCUGAAGAAGAGGAAUGUGAAGCUGGCCCCCACGGGCCUGGACUUUGGCAGGGAGGGGUUUGUCAAUUUCCAGAGACAUAGAUUCCACCCUAGCAUGAAGCUGACCAGACGAUUCUACCCACACACACAUAACCUAGACGGCUUCUUUGUGGCUAAAUUCAAGAAAUUCUCCAACAAACUUCCUGCUCAAGCGGGACAGGAAGGAGAAUCUGAGGAGACACCUAGUGGUGGUACGAAGGAGGAUAACUCCAGGGUAGAGACAACCACCGUCGACCAGACUGCGGCAGAUACAGAGGGAACAAAGAAGGAUUUCAAGCCUGGGAAAAACAAAAAAUUUAAGAAAUCCGAGGAAGCAGAAGAUCAGGGGAAAAGUCAAAAAGCAAAGCCUGGUUUCAAAUCAAAACCUGGGAAAAAACACAAUCGCAAAGGUUUUAGAAAUAAACCAGGGAAUAAACACUUCAAGCAGAAACCUAAUCGGCCUGGCUGAAGAAUAAUUAACUGAGGAGUCUUUCAGCUAGGAUUGUUUUCAUAUUUUAUGUUCUCUCAGUCUGUAUCUACCAAAUAAAAUUGUACACAUACGUGUAUUA